GCCGCGAGUGUGGAUUCUGGGCCGUCGGGAAGCGGGCCGUGAGCGGCUGGCCUGGCCCUUCUCCGCUUCCGUCCGUCAGGUUUUAAUCUAAUUUGAAAAUGAGUAAGUGGAAGAAGACUCCGGGUGAUCAGGCAGGAGGCCUUGAAAAGUUCAGUCCUGCUGUUCUUGCUGAUGUUUCUGAACUCUUUGCCAAGAAGUUUUCCUAUGGUAAACCACCCAACAAUGAGUGGCAGUUACCAGAUUCCAGUGAUGUUUUCACCUGUGAUCACACAGAAUUCAAUUCACUUCUUGUUUUGAAGAAUUCCAUGAAUGAAGUAAAAAACUUACUGAGUGAUAAAAACCUAGAUGAUUGGCAUCAGCAUACUUCCUUCACCAAUAAAGCUGGAAAAAUCAUUCCUCACAUGAAAAAGAUUGUAAAUGCGGAGCUUUGUACCCAAGCUUGGUGUAAAUUCCAUGAGGUAUUGUGUAGCUUCCCACUUAUUCCCCAAGAAGCUUUUCAAAAUGGAGAACUGAACUCAGUACACCUUUGUGAAGCUCCUGGUGCUUUUAUAGCCAGUCUUAACCACUAUUUAAGAUCCCAUAAUAUACCCUGUGAUUGGAACUGGGUAGCCAACACCCUGAAUCCUUACCAUGAAGCAAAUGACAACCUUACAAUGAUUAUGGAUGACAGACUUAUUGCAAAUACCUUGCCAUGGUGGUACUUUGGUCCAGAUAACACUGGCGAUAUCAUGACCCUGAAACAUUUGACUGGGCUUCAGCAUUUCAUAAGCAACAUGUCUCCUGUUCACUUGGUCACUGCAGAUGGGAGUUUUGAUUGUCAAGGAAAUCCAGGUGAACAAGAAGCUUUGGUCUCUCCUCUGCAUUACUGUGAAGUAGUCACUGCACUGGUGACUCUUAGUAGUGGUGGCUCUUUUGUUUUGAAGAUGUUCACCCUAUUUGAACAUUGUUCUAUCAACUUGAUGUACUUGCUCAAUUGUUCUUUUGAGGAGAUUCAUGUUUUCAAACCUGCUACUAGCAAAGCUGGGAACUCAGAAGUCUAUGUGGUUUGUCUUUAUUAUCUGGGUAGAGAGGCCAUCCAUCCUCUGUUGACUAAAAUGAUGCAACAUUUUGGAACUGAAAUUAUCAGUAAAGCUCUUUUCCCCCAACAUAUAAUUCCAGAAUCUUUUCUCAAAAGGCAUGAAGAAUGCUGUGUCUUCUUUCACAAAUAUCAGUUGGAGACUAUUUCUGAAAACAUUCGUCUGUUUGAGUGCAUAAGUGAAGUGGAACAAGCUAGGCUGAAUAAUUUGAGAGAUUGUGCUGUGGAACACUUCAUGCAAAAGUUCCAAAUGAAGCGCCUUUCCAGAAGUAAUUGGCUAGUAAAGAAAUCCAAUAUUGGUUGUAGUAUGAAUUCAAAGUGGUUUGGACAAAGAAACAGAUAUUUUAAAACCUAUAAUGAAAGAAAGAUCCUAGAAGCACUUUCAUGGGAAGAUAAGAUGGCCAAUGGAUACUUCAAUCAUUGGGCUGAAGAGCAUGCUAUAAGUAGUGCUGGGAAAAAUACUGUUUUAGAAAGUACGUGCUCAAAUCUGGAAUAUCACUUGUGGUAUGUCUUAGAAGGAAUGAAAUUACCGAAAGUUAAGUGCUCUCCUUUCUGUGAUGGUGAGGUUUUAAAGACUCUAAAUGAAGCGAUUGAAAAGUCAACAGGGGGUGCCUCAAACUUGGGUUCCACAUUGAGACAAAAGCCACAGCAUUGCUAUUCUUGCCACAUUCUUUCUGAAGAGCUGAUCUUUUCUGAGUUGUUGAGCCUUACAAAGUGCUCUCAGGAUGAGUCAGCAGAAGGACUAACCCACAAAAUCAAGUGUCUGGUAGUGGGUUUGCCUCCUCUUGAUAACAAAAUCUGUCAAUCCGUGGAGCUGAGUCUUUUGGAGUCUGCUGAGCUCAUGACUUUCCAUUGUUCACUGCUUCACGAUGGAGAACCCCGGUAUCAGCAGGUAUUUCUGGACUGCUUUCUGAGUUCCCUACCUCAGCUUCAGACAGGGGACGCUUUGAUCUUGCCCGUGCUGUCGUGUUUCACGAGGUUCAUGGCUGGCAUGGUCUUCGUUCUGCAUAGCUGCUUCAGGUUCGUCACCUUUUCUUGUCCGACUUCCUCAGAGCCUCUGAGCACUUGUGCCGUCCUUCUGUGUGUUGGUUAUCGGGCUCUCCCAUCCCCUGUGCUCCAGUACCUGUGGAAUCUGAAGGAACUGAUGAGCACGCUGCUCAGCUCUGAUGCUUCACAUCAGGUUUUGCAGUUUGUGCCGAUGGAAGUUGUCCUUAAUGGAAUGCUGCUAGAAUUUUUAUGGGAUUUAAACACUGCCAUUGCAAAAAGGCAGUUGCAUUUGAUCAUUCAAGGAGAGCAGCAGAAGUCCACACUGUAAAACUACAGGCAGAGCUCUUUACUUUGGCUGUGACUUCUGAUUUCAAAAUUCUUUUGUGAUAUAGUUUAAAACUUCAGGGAUUUCGCUUUGGGGACAGCCCAGGUGUUUGCAACAUUCAAAGUUUCUUCGGUUUCACAAAGCUUCUAAGUUCCUGUAACCUCUAAGUAGACACCCAUAAGCUUAAGGUUCUCCCAGCUCUUGGAAAACUGACUAACAUGAAAUUCAACUGCUAAGCUUGGAACUUCGGUGGGGGAGUGAGUGGGGAGGGUGUGUGUGUCUGUGUGUCUGUGUGUCUGUGUGUCUGUGUAUCUGUGUAUGUCUGUGUCUGUGUGUGUGAGGGACAUGGUUCAUGUUUUAACGAUUAAACAGGGUAAAGGUCCUAUCCUUGGUGAGAGGAGAUGAGUCACUUCUCAGCAACUCUGUAUUUCACCAUUUCAGCUUUGCUUUUCAGGGAGCCCAUCUGGCCAGAUUUCCUGAUGUGAAAUAACUUUAGGCAAUAAAUAGUCAACUUGCUCCAUUAUUCAGAUAUCUGUAAUUGACUUGUAAAUCCAUUUUUGAGAUGGGUAUUUUUGGGAAUUCUGACCAAAAUUAACUAACUGAAAUGUUAUUAGGAAGAUUCAAACCAACAAUCAUGUUUGAAAUGGAAAGGAAAAGAUUCAGCAUGCCUCAUAUGUACUUCUGUAUUAAAGAUUUGUCGGUGGUGUAUUGAGUUUUAGAAAUGCCCCUUCAGAAUCAUUGAAAUUCAGUAUUUUUCUAAGUGCAGAUUUAUGUAUCUAUAUAUCUAGAUGUGUAAAUCCUCACAUUGGAAACUUGGAAUGUAGUAUAUGGGGAAGGGGAGUGAAGUAUUCUUGUGGGAAAGAAUGGUGGUACAAUGGUAGAAAUAUUUUACUGUUUGAGCUAUUUCAAUAGAGUAAAAGUUACUUUUGGAAUAGUUAACAAACUAACACUGGGGAGUGUGGUAAGGGAAGGCUUUACUAGUUCAGUUUGCUUUCUCUUGUACGUAAGUGUUAGGAAAAAUAGGAUUUUUGAUUUAAAAUACUGGACAAGUCAACACUAGAUAGUAAUUAUAUGAUCCCUGUGAAUCAAGAAAUUGAAGAAUGCAAUUUGGCCUGUUCAUUUAAGACAUUUUUGUUGGCAUAUUAAAAAUAGAUGCAUGCUCUAAUGGCUGAAGUAAUUUGAUAAAUAUUCUGCAAAUUUUUCAUGUUCUUGCCCUGCUAUUUUGAGCUCCAUUACAGGUUUAUGAAUAAGUCACUAGCAGAGAGAAAUUUUAUUUUCAUUUAUUUAAGAUUAGAAGAGGAAGUUUAAAAAAUGUGACUAAUGCAGACAUUUUCUCUUUAAGCAAAGCUUUGGGGUGGUUUAACAGUGUUCUUUCAUUUACCGUGGCCUAAUUUGUAGUCAUUAAGAUGUAGAUUCUAAGAUUCUAAUUUACAUAGAAGGACCAGCUCAGGGAAAGUGUUCUGCAGGAGAACUAAAAGAGUGUGGAUUUAAUGUUGGUGUUUAGGAGAUUACGUCACUGCUUGUCUGGUAGCAGGAGUUAGGUUUGUGAAGGAAACUAAUAUCCUGAUUAAUUGCUGGUCACCUUGUGAAAGCACUUUUUCUAAUUGUAAAAUAGGGGAGCCUGAUAGGUAAUUCAUUAACGAGAAUUAGAAACUGUUGGAAAAUUAUUUUGUCUGGCAGCUCUGUGUGUUUCAGUUUGUUUUUGCUACUUUAAUAAGUUCUACUGUAUUACUGAUCAGUGUGUGCUUUUUAGGUAGUGGAGAGAGGGGGGGCUUUGGGACCAGGAAGACCCAGGGCUGACACCUGUGUGACCCUAUGCGGCUUCCUUGAUUGGUCAGUACUCUUGGCAGCUCUCUAGGGGGUCAGGCCAAAUCUGGUCCACCAGUAAGAAUGGUUUUUAUGUUCUUAAAUACAGUGAAACUUUAUUCAAAAAUGUGAGACCCAUUCUUCGCUACCAGCUGUACAAAAGCAGUGGGUUGGCUGACCCCUGCUCUAAGACUGUAGGUUUUGGGAAAGGUGCUACCCUGCGUUGGUGGGGGGAGUUUCUUUAUUUGGGUGUUCCCUGUGCCAGUGAAAGCUCAGGCCUACUCCUUGUCCUGUCUCUUGAACAGUAUGUGUUUGAAAACUGAAUUCUAAUAUUCUUGGUAUUUAAGGAACUUCAAAGAAGCUAUUAAAAGCUUAGUUUUUUAAUAAGCAGGAGUAGAUCUUCUAUUUCCUUCUUCAGGCACUUUUCAUCUAACUUAUAGCAUUUAAAUUUACUCCAUAGUUGAGGCCAUAAAGUUAAAUGAGUUAGAUGCAGAUCUAGUUUCCAACAAUAAUUAGAAGUGAUUUCAGUAGAAGGAAAAAGGGUAUCUCCAGAAUAAGAAGAGGAAGAAAGUAAGAAAUCUGCUGUGUGGUAUACAACGGAUCAAAGGAGAGUUGUGACAAAUCAGAUAAUGUCAGUAAAGUGCUUUGCAAACCUUAAAGCACUAUGUAAAUGUUAGCUGUUAUAUGGGGCUGAGUUUUUAAAUUAGUUUCCCUUAAUAUAUUUUUUGAAGAGUGGUUUGCAGACACAAAACUGUGCAAAUUUAAUUUAGUUUCUCAGUAAAUUCAAAUUGAAAGGGAGAUGUUUGUAAAUUUUGUUUCUCCAUUUAUACUAAAGUAUGCUACUCCUAAGGGGAAAAAAAUAAUUUUGGAACUUGUUUUUUUUUUUCAUGAGUUAACAUAAUAAUACUUAGAUGAUUUAAGUGACAGUAAAUAUUUUUCCUCAAGUAAAAAUCAGGAAAUUAUAAUUUGUUGUGUGUGUGUUAUUGUUAUUAUAUUUGGAGUGUAUAUGUUUUAUUCUAGUUUUUUAAAUUCCAAUUGGAGUAUGCAUAUUAUGUUAUUCUAGUUUUUUUAUUGUAAAUCUUGAUAUGUAAGGAAAACUGAGUGAGAAGAGCAAAGAAAAUGUAUUUAUUGAUGUUAUUAUUUUGUUCAUUUUUGAUAAGCAUAAGGAAUUUAAAAUUGUUUAAAUAACUUUAUCUCCAAUAUAAUAAAUUGAAUAUUUGUAUUAGUUCUGAUACAUUGAGCAUAUGGGACUUGAAUUUUUGGCUCAUACUUUAAGAAAGGUAAAGAAUUUCUAAUUAUAAUCUGAAUCAGAUCUGUCUUUUCUGGGUGUCCCCCUUUUCAAUUUUCGGCAGAAUAUGCACGUUUAAGUGCUUAGUUAGUUGAUAUAAAAAGGGCAACACUGAAUUUAUUUACAAUUUUCCCUGCAAUUUUCAUGUCUGCUAUGUUGAAAUGGUAUUUUUAAAUGAAAAAAAUAUCUUUGUAAAUAAACAAUUUUAUUUAA